GCCUUUUCUGAUGCGUUGUUGUGCGUUGGUGUUUCAGGUGUGUGAAUGAGGACUCCCCGCUGGAAUUUGUGCCGAGCAAAGCUGGACGAGGAGUGGAUCCCCACGCCUGGUGCUCUGUUUGAGUGGGGGAGGAGCGGGCACGGCUGAAGACCGUCGAGGAGCAGAGUGUGAGUGGCUGCGCCAUUGCGUUGGGCCUCAGGAGAGCAGUGUGUGACUGUGUGUCGAGCAUCCUGCGUGGCCGUUGCCAGAAAGCAGCCUCCUGGAGAGCAGCAGAGCAGCAGGCUGUCUGCGCUAUGGCCGCUGAAGUGCAUUUCUCGGCCCCUGAGAUCCCUGAGCCCACGCUGAUGGAGAACGUGCUGCGCUACGGCCUCUUCUUUGGAGCCGUUUUCCAGCUUGUGUGCGUGUUGGCCAUAAUGCUGCCAGUUCCCAAGUGCCCAGAGACAGACUCGGACGGCUUGGAGUCUAAGACUUGGGAGACGGUGAAGAAACCAAAGGCAAGUGCUGCACAGCUGAGCAAGAAAGCCAAGAAGGAAAGCAAAAAGAAACGGUGAGGGCUUGAGCGAUACGCCUCAAAGGCCAAAGGGAGCAGCGGGAAUGCUUGGUGAGAGGUGCUCCAAAGGCAGCGCACUGCACGUCUGGUUUUGUGGCGUGGCCGUGCUUUCCCUUGCACGGACAUUGGAGAGGAACUGAGGAAGCUGGAAGGGCUUCUGAUGCGUGACCAACAAAUCGGACUUUGCCUGUGUGGGAUUUCAUGUCUGGCAAGAGCUGGGGACGCUGCAUUCCUUGAGGGUCCUUCAGCUCGAUAGCUGUUUCAGAAUGUUGAUGAUGAGGUGAACUUAGCGCAUGUCGCUGGUCAUGAGCGGUGUCCAGUCUAUUUUAUUUUCUGAUGACAUAUCUACAACAUGCAACCCAAAUCCCUUAGUUUAAAAUAAAAGGGAAAGAAACCUUUU